AUGAUGCCGCUGCUUUACAACAACAACAAGGAUGAUUACGAUUCGACGCCACUCUUAGCGACGACGACGACGAGAAAGAGCGGUAACGAAGAAGCAGCAUCGAAGAAGAAAAGUUCCUUUCUCUUUCUCGCGUUACUGCUUCUAAUGCUGCUCGCGUGUUUUGGAAUCGCGUCUUCGUCGUCUCCAAUUUUUGCCGCCGGUGAUGAUGAUGGAAACGAUGAUUUUGGAGCGUCCUCCUCCUCGUUGGCGUCUUUGGGAGAAGAAAACAAAAGAAGCACGAAAGAGCGAGCGCUGUUACGGAACGAAUUUAAUAAUGGAGAAGAAACAGCGACAAAAGCAAAAACGACGCAACAACAACAACAACAAAAGCGACUCAAAUUCUCUUCAAACGUGUUCAACUUUUACCGAAAGAACGUGGCACCGAAACUGGGAGAUUUCGGGAGUUUCGCGAGAGAUAUGAUGCACGAAAAACCACCCGUGGUGACGAACGAGAACGAGGAGAGAGAGGUGGAUUACGACGACAUUCGCUCGAGCGGAGAUAACGUGAGAGGAAGCUGGUAG